GUCGUGGUUAACUGCAUGGUGUGGUGUAGUCAACUGACAUGUGUCAAACGCAUAAGCCGGAGUAGUUAUGCAAAGCAGAACAUGUGUAUGAUUUCUUUGGAAAUCUAAAAACACGGUUUAUGACGAUGGAUGAGGGCGAUGUAAUAUCAGGAGGUGAUGAUUUGUCUGGUGAUCUCAGCACAGACAAGAUUGCAUCAAAUAGUCAAGACCAUCCAGCAAUCCAGUCACUGUCGUCAGGUCAGGAAAGCAAUGAAUUAUCAGACAAUCAAAACACUAAAUCUGCGCCUGAGUCUGGAUGGACUUUGGGAUAUGGUAGUUACCAGAUUCUUUGGACAGAAGGUGACUUGUACCCCAAGACAAUCGACGUGCUGCAGAAUGACAAGGAUGGCUCCGAUGAUGAAGAUAUUAAUGACUGCACAGAUGACUUGGCAAUGGAAAGUGACACUGAUGCAGAUGAUACUACUGACGAUGAAACUGAAAACAGCGAGUGACUGUAAAGACCAAUGAAUACACGUUAACAUAUUGAGAAACAAUAUACUCUUGAAAAAAUAUAUGUAAAAUGUCUUCCAUACUCUAUGCUAUACUAUAUGCAUCAGGUAUUUCCAACGAAUGCUAGUUUUUAUGUCUGCCUUAGUUAUGCUCCUUCUACCUAUAGUAGAAAUCUGAAUCCUCUAGGAACAGUUUUUUGUUGUUGUUAUCCUUAGGAACAAAGAUAUGCAAAUUUGGGGGGUCAGCUCACCCUAACUCACCCCCCUUAAAUCCUUAAAUCAAGCCACUUUAAAUGUCAGCAUCAGUUUAACUAUUUAUUCUACCUAUGGUAGAAAUCUGAAAGUUGUAGGAACAUUUUUUUUUGUUGUUGUUGUUAUCCUUAGGAACAAAGAGAUGUAAGUUUUGGGGGGUCAGCUGACAUUAACUUACCACCCUUUAAUCAUGUCAGUUUAUAUGUCAAUAUUAGUUAAACUAUUUUCUCUACCUAUGGUAAAAAUCUGAAUGUUGUACGAACAGUUUUUGUUGUUGUUGUUGUUAUCCUUAGGAACAAAGAGAUGUAAAUUUUGGGGGUCAGCUGACACUAACUUACCACCCUUUAAUCAUGUCAGUUAAUAUGUCAAUAUUAGUUAAGCUACUUAUUCUACCUAUGGUAGAAAUCUGAAUGUUGUACGAACAAUUUAUUUUAUUUUACCCCUAGGAACUAAAUGGGACACAUUUUGGGGGUCAGCUGACUCCAUCUUACCACCAGAAAAAUAAGUCAGUUUUUACUCCAACAUUACUUUUGUUACUUAAAGUAACUAUAUAAUAAAUAUAAAAA